AUGAAGCUCCCCCAUUACUUUAAGCGCGGUGGACUAGCUUUCGUCAAUCGCUCAGGUUCACAACGGCGUAAGUUUAUAUCUCCCCUUAGACUCAACCAUGCACUAGGUCGCUGGCUUUUCACCAACGAGUCUGGUUUCAAGUUUCCGCAAAAACCGCAACCAGGGAAAGUGAAGGCAAGGCCACCAGAGAUCUCCCCUUUUUGGCCCAUGAAAUGGGAUGCGAACGAUGGUCGACUGGCCGAUGACAAGAGCCUUCCACACUAUCCUAUAGAUCAGCCUGAUCAUAUCGAAAAAUUUCAUCUACACCGUUCCCGGAUCCCCACAUCUCUGUUCAAGUCUAUUGUCCGCGACAUGGAUAUCGUCAGCGUUCAAUAUCCCUUUGACAGUUGCUACAAUACAGACUACAAUUACUAUACUCCGGAAGCUGCAAGAGCUGAGUGCCUUGCCCCAAUCUUCAAUAACUUGUUGGCCGCAUUUCAAUCUGUUUAUCAGGCCUCCGGACAAGCAUUCGCGACGGGACAGAGCGGAGCAGGGAAAUACGCAUACGCGUAUCAGGCGUUUUUUUAUUAUCCAAUUCUUUUUGAACAAAUUCAGAUGCUCGCUCAGGAUCCAUUGGAGAUGGAGGACGAUAAAAUUGAUGCGAUCGCUGAGAUUGUCAGGGAUUGUGACCAUUUGCAUCAGAGAAAUGCUCGUAGUCAACCCGACCUUCCUGUUCCUUCCAUUUACGCCAUUCUUCACAAUGGUUUCCAGGACCACUCAAAGCUACCAACUUUUAGCUUCGUCAAGUUCGACUGCACAUCAUCUACUUACACUAUCGGUGAAGACAAGAACUCGCGGCAGCGUGAGUACCCAUUGUGUCAAGCAUUGGUCGAUCCCCUUGUAUUCAUGAAGAACCUUCGUGACAUCUGCGACCUCAUUUUUGACGUCUUAAUUCUGGGGUUCAUUGAAACCCUCAAGGCAAGUAAGGGCUUCAGGCCUUUUUUCUCUCCUCAUGAUUUCGCGGAUGAGGACGAGGAGAGGUGGAAUGUGCCUCGGAGACAUGCAGAGACUGCUCUCAAGAGGCUCCGUAGCGCAGAUGCACAACGUCGAAGUGGCCACACUGGGUACUGUGAUGAAAUGGUGGAGGAGGGUAUGCAGGCCCUGAAGAUGGCCGUGGAAAGCUCUCCUGAGUGCUACCCCGAAGAACGCGCCAUGCUUUAUUGA